GAUCAAUCCCCACUCUCAAUUGAAAGUUGGUCAUGCCGGUUGUGUGGGUGUGGAUGCUAUAUUGGCUUUUGCAACAGCAGACAUUCAGUCAACGGAUCGUUAGAGAACAUGUCCAUAUGGGUUCAUCGGGAAUGACUGUUCAUCAUCAUCCAAAAGAGGUACGCAAAAUAUACGUAAAGUACACUGAAAAGCCACCAAUCAAAGUCCAGCCAGCGCCCAAUCGAAAGGAACGAAAAGAACGCAAAGAAAAGCAAAGGAAAAAGAUCUACGUGCUGCUCAAGAAACCGGCAAAAAGAAGAUUCCAUCAUAAUGUCUAUCUGCUUGUCAACCCAAAGUCAACUCGUCAAAUCAAAGUGGCCUUUGGGCAUGUCCAAAAGGACAGUCGUAAGGUUCGAGUCCUGAAGCUAAGUCGCUGACUGCAGCAGCAAUAU